AUGUUAGCAAGGUUUAUGCAGAAACCAAGCCAAAUACAUUUGCAAGCAAUUAAGAGAGUUCUUCGCUAUCUAAAAGGAACCUCAGAUUAUGGAAUAUGGUAUACGCCAAAUAAAAAUUCGGAGCUAAUUGGAUAUUCGGACAGUGAUUGGGCUGGAUCUAUCGAUGACAUGAAAAGUACAUCGGGAUACGUGUUUUUACUUGGAAAUGGAGUAUUUUCUUGGUUUAGCCAAAAGAAAGAUAUUGUGGCUCAAUCUACGGCAGAUGCUGAAUAUAUUGCAGUAUGUGCAGCCGCAAAUCAGACAAUAUGGCUUAGAAGAAUUUUAGGUGAAAUGGGUGAAGUUCAAAAACAACCCACAACGAUAUUCUGCGAUAGUAAAUCUGCUAUUGCUAUAGCUAAGAAUCCAGUUCUUCACGGAAAAACAAAACAUAUCAAAAUAAAAUAUCACUUUGUUCGAGAAGUUGAAAGUGAAGGAAAGAUCAGCCUUGUUCAUUGUACUUUUUAA